AUGUGGAAGCCCCCUAUUACGCAGUUCUACACGAGCCGCUGCAAGAGGAAGCAAUCCGAGCCCUCUUUUUUCAACUCUCUUACUUUGCCCCUGCAACCAAUUGUUGUAAAACUGGACAAUGUGGUGGUAAAGAAUGAAGUAGAAGAGGGAACAGAAGAUGCGAUUGUUGCAAAGAAUAAGAAUUAUGAUUCAAAGAAAAGGAGAAAAGUGGGGAGCUUGAAAUUGGUGGUGGAUGUGAAUACAAUUAGCAGUGGCCUUAAUGGGUUAAGGGAAACCCGGAAUAAUAAGGAUCAAUUUUCAAUCUGGGCAAAUUCAUUGCAAAAAAUGGGGUUUGCCCCCAUUAGAAUUGCAGAAAUGAUGGAAUUGGAGAAUGGAAAACACUUUGUUGACCCCAAAUUCACUCUCCGGCGAAUCAUCCAGUCGUGGUGCACCCUCCACGCCUCCCACGGCGUCGAGCGCUUCCCCACCACAAAGCCUCCGGUGACCAAGUCUCACAUCCUAAAGCUCCCCCGGCAAGCCAAGUCGACGCCGGAAAUGCAGACUAAAGUUCUCCAAACCCUAAGGUCCCUCGCGUCAGAAAACGCAGCGAAUAAACGCUGCAUGGAGAACGCCGGCGUGGCGGAAUUCCUCGCCGCAAUCAUCAUAACAUCAAACAUCGUCGACAACAAAGAAACAUUAUCGUUCAUCGGGGCGGCGACCGUGCUGAUCGAUCUACUACUGGACACGAACAAGAAACGAUAUUGCGAGUGGAGUCUGAGCGUACUGGAGCAGCUUUGCCGGUGCGCGGAGGGGCGGGCGGAGCUGCUGAAGCACGCGGUGGGGCUGGCGGUGGUGUCGAGGAAAAUCCUGAGGGUGUCGCAGGUGGCGAAUGAGAGAGGUCUGAGGAUCUUGUACUCCAUCGCCAAGUUCUCCGCUACUCCCAGUGUGGUGCAAGAGAUGUUGCAGCUGGGAGUGGGGGCGAAGCUGUGUUUGGUUAUACAAGUGGAUUGUGGGGUUGGGAAGAACAAGGAGAGAGCUGCUGAGAUUCUCAAAUUGCAUGCUAAGGAAGGGAAGAAUUCUCCUUGUUUACCAUUGGAUUUGAUUCAUAACACCAUAGGUGUUAAUUAG